AGAGUCUGCAUUAAAGCAUUUAUUAAUCAGAAUCAGUUAUCAGAUAGAAACAUAUUGUUAUUUUUAGCUGGUCAUCCCGCUAUACUAUAAAGGUUAUUGAGUAAAUUCAGUAGAAAAAAGCAGUAAAAGCAGUAUCGUGAGCCGUGAAACCAAUGUGUUUCCUGAGCAUGUCUCCCGUGUUUAGCUUAUUUAAUGGCAGAGUUUGUGUGGCUGUGAGAAGUAUUUGCAAGAGUUGAUUUCGUGUAGUCGCUGUCCAUGGUUCUGAAGCAAUUAUAACGACCAGAAUUCCUCAGUCUGAUUAAAGUGGAAUCAGUUCAAUCAACUUGCCAAAUUAUUGCUGGAUGUUGUAAGCGAAGAUAUUCGGACCAAGUUAUACUAUACUGCAUCUAUUAUAACACACUGCAUAAUGAUAUUUGAAAUUUCGUUCUUUGUAUAUCAAAACUAAAGUGACUGAUAAUGUUUAGUAGCUGUGGUCGAGAUUCUUCAUUUUAAGGCUGUCGUUGGAGGCAUGAAAAAAUAAUGCAGUGCAAUGAAUGCUUAAUACAAGACGCGUUAAAAAAAAACUAAAAUAUAGGAAAUAUUCUUUAAUGUUUACCUUGUUUUUGGACUACAUGCAGAAUUGAUGUCUUAUGCAAUUAUAAAAAUGCUUUAAGAAAUCUACAUCUUACUUAUCUGUCAUACGAAAAUGUUAGAACUGGGACCUUUUAAUUUUCAUAAUGUCUUAUUAGAUGAACAUCCUCCUCUUUGUCAAGAACAAAAACAAUAAUAAUUGUAUUAAAGUAGCCUAAACCUUCACGUCCUUGUCUCCACAAUAUACCGUCACACUGCAGUGCGUUUAGCUUUAACAAAUAGCCUAGUAAAAUAAUAAAUAAAAUUGGUCAACCGUGCAAUUAAAUAGCAAACCAUUCUUUAUAAUUAACUCACCUAAAAACGUAUUUCAAAUAUGAGGAAAAGAAGCUUCACAGUUUAAUGAAGUACCAGAUUUCAGUUUUAAAUCCCAAACGUAGGCUAUAUCGCUGUAAAAAGUUGUUUAUAUUUUUUUUUACUCAGUUCUAUCAUGUCAUAAAAUCAAGUUGUUUCAUUCACUUCUCUCAGUACGUUAAUUUCUUUAUGUCAAGACGAGAGAAAUUCCAUGUCCUUAUAAUUCUGAACACCAGAGGGAGCCUGGAACACGACACAUUGCUUUAAGCUCUGCAUCUCCCAAGCUCCGCGAAUCAUGUCGACCAUCAGAAACCUCUUUAAUGACUUUAAUGUUUACCCUUUCAUCCCGCUUAUAUAAUUCACUUUUAUUAUUAAUAAUGGCAUGCUUAUCCUGUUUAUUUUGUUGCAUUUUGCACAUUACAGACAACGCCAUUUAACUUAUUUAAGCCUAUAGUCUAUAUUUUAUGUAAUGUACCAGUGUUAACAACACGUGUUAUUGUAAAAACUUUUAUUACUUCGAUGUCAUUGAUAACUAAUCGCGUUAAACCUAAGUUUAGCAUGAAAGGAAAUAUGGCAGCAAUUUAUCCUUGCGGAUUGGACACUGGCUUACUGUGAUGCAAAAGGAGAUGUGAGCUGUUGUUCAUUUGUUUGUCGUAUCAACGCAUAGGCCUGUGUGUAGAUGUGUUGAAUAUCCCCACUGCCUUACUGUUUCACACAUUUUAACUUAAGCAACAUCUCUUAUGUGAGGAAGAACUUGAACAUGAAAAUAAACGAAAGUCUUAACUCAACAGAUAAACGACUAUAGUGUGCUUCCAUUCAUCAUCAUAUUAAUGUAAGAUUAACAACUGCUACAAUAUAAACACCGACUGGCAUAAACUUGUGAAGCGCCGUCACCUUGAAAUAACAACGAUUACGCAAUAAUAUUUCAAGGAUGUGUUUUACUUUGUCUUUUGUUCUAUUAAAGCGCUUUUUAAUACAAUAAUUGUAGUCUUUAUAUGUUACAGCAUGUGUCCACAUGUAGUCAACUCUUAGGGGUAAUCAGAUUUUCUGUCUUUCACUCACACGCCGUUGCUUUUUGCAGAAGAACCAGUACUCACGUUUAUAAUUUCGCCCACAGAGACGUAAUCCCUUUGAUUAUAUCUAAUACCUGCCAAAACCCAGAUGGCAUGCCCACCCAUCGCUCGGUGUGAUAAUGCCACAUUGUGAAAUCUAGCCAUUAAUAUUAAUUUUCAGUCUGCGAAUGUGCCUGAACUGCUGAAGCUUAAAAUUCCUUAAAGAAGGCAAGGCUUGACUUACCAGGGAUUUUAAGAGCAUUCCCAUUUCGCCUCUCUCCGUCCUUUGAGGUAAAACUUAUAUUCAGUGGGAUAUGUAGACUUAAGGUGGUCAAAGCCUUUCACAGUCGACACGACAAGGCCUAUAAUUCAUCUUACGGUCAGUCUGAUUUCUUGUGUCAAAUUUGCGACACUGGACAAAUGAAGAAAUGUCGUUUGCACCGAUGUCUUUUAUGGAGGUUUCUGUGCUUAAUUUGAGGGUCUUUUGUGCAAAUUAAAUAUGCUUUGGAAGAGAAUGGACGGAGACAAAAUAAUUUCGUUAAUAAUACUCGCUUUUCCUAGUGACAUUUUACAUGGUUAAUUACUCAACAGCGAUUCGCAGAGCCUGUCCCAGAGGAACGCGUAAGAGGAUAAUAUCACGAUUACAUCCAUAUCUGAGAGAUACGUGCCAUUUAAUUUAGAACUAUCAACAAGGCAAGAAAACCGAUUUAUUUCCAUCCAGGUGGGUCAGUGGGCCUUCACUCUUUAUCUGUAUGUACAUCAGUCCAAACUCUACUUAUGGCAUCCACAAAAAUCUGUUUGAACCAGAGAAUAUGGAGAGAUCUUAGCAUAUUUGGCAAACAAAACGGGCAGAUAAAGAAGCAAAUAAAUAAUAUGGCAAACAUUUUUUUGUUUUGUUUACUUUUUUAUUUUAAUUUGUCAUUGGCUUUGUAUUUGGAUUAAAGCAGCAAAACGUGGCUCAAUUCUCAGUAACAUAUUUGCACUUUAGUGACUUAAGAAAGUUUCCAUAAGAGUAAAUGUACACUUUUUUAAUCAGAAAAGACAUUGUGCAGUAAUAAUAAUAAAAAAAUUGCAAUCGAUACAAAAAUAACAAUGAAAAAAUUAAUAAAUAAACAAAAUUGUAUCGAGUACGUAAUUCACAAAACGUCAUCUAAUCCAGAAGGAUGCACACAUUUUCUUUUUCUUUUACAUAUUAGUUUGUUUAACACUAAAUAACACGAAUUAGUGUUAGAACAAGUACUAGUCGUGUUUACCAGACACUUUGUUUAUCUAUAAAAUGCUCAAUAAUGAGUGACAGCUGCUCUUUGAGUAUUAAAAUCGAGAAGUUUUAAUAAAUUUGGCAAGAUAAUGUAUUGGAAUAUUGCCUGAAAUCUGUCACGUUUGCAAUUGGAAUACAUGCGGAAAACCUCCUUAAUAAAUUACAUCCAGAAAGACAAAUAAUGAGCAUAUCUAUCCUGAAAGGUCUUUACAGAUAAAGUUAAGCAAAGAUAAAUAAAAACACUAGCGCACACACACUCUCUCUCUCAUGCGCACACAAACUGCACGCGACGGUUUUUACUCAGUGCUAAUCUCUCUGGUAAACCAUAGAUGCCAAUAAAGCCCCUCUUUCAACAUGACAUCAGCGCUGGACAACAGUUGCAGGAAAACAGAUCUGCUGAUGAAUUGCCAGAGCUAGUGGGAAAAUGAGAGGAGUGAAGCAUGAACAGGGCGUUGGGCGUUGAUUUAUCGCAUAAGCCCUCGGUCAUUUCCAUAUAUUAAAAUGUGCCCAAGGGGCCAGUCAGUCAAUUUCCUUGAGCCACUACCCGUGGAAGGCAAGCACAUGGCCAAAAGAAAUUUAACUGUCUUGGUUUUUCCUUCUCUGACCUAUAGACCAAUAUUCUUUUUUUUUUUCUUCUUCUGUGGUCUUAAAUAGUGAAAGAAGGUAGCAUUUUAAUAAAGUGAUCUUAUAGCAACAGUCAUAGGUUUGGUAAUCUGUUUUUUGUGUCAUCCACAGGGCCUCGCGCAUUGAGCUGAAACGUUAUUUUAAGCAUGAAUCUGUCAUCGCACUUUCCUCUCACUCUCAUUUCCAAUCGCUUCCUCUGUCACUCUCUCACACAAAAGCACUUUUUCUGUACGCGCCUGACCGUGCAUUGGAGAGAUGGAUGUUGCAAUGCAUUUAACGUCUGGCUGAUUUAUGAUGGGAUCAGUCGCAUUGUCAUUUACAUAUUGAGAUUCUGUUUGUACGCGGCGUUUUGUUGCUGUCUGAUAGCUUCCAUUCCUGAAGGAGGUGUAAACGCUCCGUUUGCGCUGAUCAAUGUCCGCCUGGGAGCAGGGACAGACUUUCAAGAAAAGUAAAAAAGUAAAAAAAAAAAAAAAAAAAAAAAGGCGGUCCAUUAGCCAAUGGCCUGAGUGGGCAGGUGCCAUGGUUAGUGUUACUGAAGUGCACGAACGUCCUCAAAUUUGUCCAGCAGCACCAAAAGCUACACAACGAUCGAUCAGUCAAAAGUAAACGCUGUUUCCAGACCAAUAUUUACUAUUCACGCGCGGGGAAAUAUUCCCUUUGAUUUUGUGAGGAAAUUUGCAUGCAAACUAAGUUUUCAUAAUAUAAUCACGGUUUCAGCAAACCUCAGGCUAUUUCCCACAACUUUUAAGUUCAUUUCGACAAAGUAAUUUUUAACGAAAUAUUUCGAGCGAGGUUUAACAAUGCAAUCCUUCUGUGGGACGCAUGAAAUACAGAACUCAAUCCCUAAAGGAGAGGUCCUAAAGGAAUCCGUGGUGCAUUUCUGUCAGUCACACGCUGCACGAUCGCAGAAAUAUUAGACACUUAAAAAUAAAGGUCCUAGUUAGAGACAAAAAAGUGUUUUACGUUUAAGUUAUGUUAUUUUUUAUUACCCAUAAACCCGUCUAUGCUGGUGUUUUAAACAAAUGCAAUAAUAUGCUUAACUUUUAUAAUAUGCAAAUAAUCAUAUAGCCAACCCAAGAAGCCAUGUUUCUUUAAAUAGCCUAUAUAGUUCUUUGCUUUUUUUAUAAUUGCUGGGUUUUUUUUUUUUAAUUGCUGUAAAUGUAGCUAGCUCUCUUUGUGCAUGCUGGAGAAUAGUGCGCUGCGCUGAAACUAAAUCAAAGGCUUUAUAUACAAAAUUCAGAUCGAUACUGUGCUUUUAAUCAUAUGCACUUGUUGAGAACAAUGACCUGAAAAGCAUCGGAUCCAUUGGCAUUCCCAGAUAGCCCUCGCGCAGAGUUGACCUUUUUACCCAGCGCAAACCUGACUCAACUUUCGCGUAAAGAUCUGACACCUCGCGCCGAAGAGAGAGAGAGAGAGAAAAAAAAAACCCACACACACGCACCGAACACAGCGAUCAGUCUUGGUCCAGAAACAAAGAUGUCAGCGCAUAAGCCUGCAAAGCAGUUUGACUCACUCGCUCGCUCACGGGUCACGUAUUAUCUCCAGCAUUCGAAUUCAGUUCCGAUCGGUUCCCUAUUGAAUUGUGCCUUUUCCCCGCAGACUGUCACUUGUUCACGCAGCCUCUGCUUUGAGUCUCUGGAGCAGUCGCUAUAGUCUAGUCGUACUUCUACUAGUUCGCAGGGGUGUCUCUCUCUUCCUCCCACCUCAUGCAUUGAACUAGCUUGUCAUCGCGUUCGCUUAUACGCUUCAUGUCUCUUUAAUUUCAGAUGCAUCGGCGCUGUUUACAGCAUCUUUAUAUUUCUAAAUCCACGCGGCGGUUUACUGACACCCCCCUCCUCCUCCCAGUCGCCAUUCUCUAUAAUCUGAACACAUCUGAAAGUUAUUACCCCGUCCCCUUUCUUUCUAGUGGGCUGCUCCCACAAUCUAUUCGUCAGUGUGUUGUUAUAUUUUUACAAUUACACUCUUGUAGUAUUUAAGUCCCACCUACAUCGCUCGCAAAGCGCGCGAGCUAGUAUCCUAUCCCGCUCUAUGUGAUGAUGUCCCUUAAGUUUCUCUGGGCUUCUGUUCUGGAGGAAUGUGGCAGCGCACGCGGCGGUUGAACCCACAUGCCCCGACUCGGAACCUGUCUGUCCUGUUCAUGCAACCCGAUCGUGUCUCGCCGAAAAGCAGCUUGCGCGCUACCUCUGACUGUUUGACCAGGAGUUGAGUGACUGUGUUUGAAGCACCAUCAGUGUCCACUAGGAAACCUUAUAUGCGAGGUCCCUCUCCCCUCUCUUUGUAUAUAUAGCAUGUCCGGCCCCCUUGAAUCUCCUGUCCAUUGGCUUUUCGUGCUCUGUUUUCCUGCGUCCACCCCCAGCGCGCGCGCGCGCGCGCACACACACACACACACACACACACACACACACACACACACGCCGCAGCGCACAUUGCUUUCAUUAAGCAUAUCUCCCCCCUCUCUCUCUCUUUAUGUGUGUGCGUGUCUCUCGCUCUCUCUCUCUCUCGCCUCUUGUCCGGCCCCCUGAUCUUUCUGUCCAUUGGCUUCUUCGGGUCUAUUUUUCAUGUCCAGCCCCUAAUGAGUGUCCAUUGGUUUUGUUAUUUCCACUCCCUCCUCCCACUCCACGGCUUUGCCCUGCCCAUGUUCUGUAUGUCUAUGUCCAUCCAUCUCCUGACGUUCAAGUUCGCAGGGACGUCACGUCCGCACUUGAACUUGCAGCUCAGGGGGGCUUUUGCCAUUUUUUCAUCUCUCUCUCUCUCUUUUCAAAAAAGCCAUGACGGCUAUCCCACAAUCCAUCUUCCCUGCGCCAUCUUUGUAUUAUUUCUAAUUUAUUUUGGAUGUCAAAGGCAUUGAUGAAGAUAUUUUCUCUGGAGUCUCCCUUCUAACCCGGCUCUCCCGAUGUGAACCGAGCUGAAAGCCACCACCAACCACCAUGUCUCGCCGCAAGCAAGGCAAACCCCAGCACUUAAGCAAACGGGAUUUUUCGCCCGAGCCCCUGUCAGCCGUGGUCUCGGAGGAGAGGCAGGAACAGCGCGGGCUGGUACAGGUAUCUCCAGAGGGAGACCAGGACCUGCUCACCUGUGGCCAGUGUCAGAUGAACUUCCCUUUGGGAGACAUCCUUAUUUUCAUUGAGCACAAAAGGAAGCAGUGCAAUGGCACUUUGUGCAUGGACAAAGCAGUGGAUAAGCCCCCCUCGCCCUCGAACGCUGAGCUUAGGAGAGCGUCCAACCCCGUGGAGGUGGGCGUCCAGGUUACGCCGGAGGAUGAUGACUGCUUAUCGACGUCUUCUCGAGGAAUCUGUCCCAAACAGGAAAACGUUACAGGUAAAGAUGAGCCCAGCAGCUACACUUGCACAACCUGUAAACAGCCGUUCAGCAGUGCCUGGUUUCUGCUGCAACAUGCCCAGAACACUCAUGGCUUCCGUAUCUACCUUGAGAGCGAGCGCGGAAGUCCGCUCACGCCCCGUGUGGGAGCUCCUUCAGGAAUGGGCGCAGAUUGCUCCUCUCAACCCCCCUUGCAUGGCAUCCAUCUCCCAGAGGGAAGCCCAUUCAACCUGCUACGGAUACCCAACUCUGGACGCGACGGACCCCCUCUCCGAGAGGGUCGGUUUCCCCCUACGCCGCCUCUCUUUAGCCCUCCACCCCGCCAUCACUUGGACCCUCAUCGCAUGGAGCACCUGAGCCCGGAGGAGCUGGCUUUGGCCACCCACCACCCGAGUGCCUUCGACAGGGUGCUGCGCCUCAACCCCAUACCCAUGGAUCCCCCAGCUAUGGACUUCUCUCGUAGGUUGAGGGAGCUGGCUGGUAACACCUCAGGGUCAACUCCUCCUCUCUCACCCAACCGGCCCAGCCCUAUGCAACGGCUACUACAACCAUUCCAGUCAGGAACCAAGCCGCCCUUUCUCUCUACCCCUCCCCUACCUUCCAUGCAGUCCCCCUCUGGCUCCCAGUCCACCCCAACCCCUCUUACCCAACAGCCCAACACGCCCAUGAAGACCAAGUCUUGUGAGUUCUGUGGGAAGACCUUCAAGUUCCAGAGUAAUUUAAUAGUGCAUCGACGCAGUCACACGGGUGAGAAACCGUACAAGUGCCAUCUGUGCGACCACGCCUGUACGCAGGCCAGCAAGCUGAAGCGGCACAUGAAGACACACAUGAACAAAUCUUCACCCAUGACGGUCAAAUCCGACGAUGGCUUGUCCACAGCCAGCUCCCCUGAACCGGGAACCAGCGACUUGGUGGGUAGUGCCAGUAAUGCCCUCAAGUCCGUGGUAGCCAAAUUCAAGAGUGAAAAUGAUCAUUUGAUUCCAGAGAACGGAGAGGAAGAAGAGGAAGAGGAAGAGGAGGAGGAGGAGGAAGAAGAGGAGGAAGAGGAAGAGGAGGAAGGAGAGGAGGAGGAGCUGGAGAGGCAGGGAGGUAGAAACAACUACCACUUCAGCCUCAACCUUGAGGCUGCACGGCACCACGAAAACAACGGCGGGCGUCUGGGCGCGGGUGAGGAUGGGAUCCCGCGCUCGCUGCCUGAGGUUAUGCAGGGCAUGGGCUUGGCUGCCAGCAUGCAGCACUACAGUGAGGCGUUUCAUCAACACAAGCGAGGAGCCCUAAACUCUGACAAUGAUGCACAUAGGGACAUGUGUGAUGAGGACUCGGCUCUGGAAUCAGACAGAGUGGACGAGGGCUGUGGCUCAGCUAUCAAUGGCCGAGGCUCAUCACCCAGCGAGUCUGCAUCCGUUGGUUUGUCCAAGAAGCUCUUACUGGGCAGUCCCAGCUCACUUAGUCCUUUCUCCAAACGAAUCAAGCUGGAGAAAGACUUUGACCUCUCUACCCCUACAAUCCCCAACACUGAGAAUGUCUAUUCUCAGUGGUUGGCUGGCUACGCUGCCUCUCGGCAGCUCAAGGACCCCUUUCUGAAUUUUGGGGAUUCCAGACAAUCGCCUUUCGCCUCAUCUUCAGAGCACUCCUCAGAGAACGGAAGCCUGCGCUUCUCUACGCCACCAGGGGACCUGGAUGGUGGCGUCUCGGGACGCAGCGGGACUGGCAGUGGCGGCAGCACGCCACACCUUGGGGGUCCCGGUCGGCCCAGCUCGAAAGAUGGCCGACGCAGUGACACCUGUGAGUUCUGCGGCAAAGUAUUUAAAAACUGCAGCAAUCUGACAGUGCACCGGCGCAGCCACACAGGCGAGAGGCCUUAUAAGUGUGAGCUCUGCAAUUAUGCCUGUGCUCAGAGCAGCAAGCUAACACGGCACAUGAAAACACACGGGCAAGUGGGCAAGGACGUUUACAAAUGUGAAAUCUGUCAGAUGCCUUUUAGUGUGUACAGCACCCUUGAGAAACACAUGAAAAAAUGGCACAGUGACCGCGCAUUGAACAACGAAAUUAAAACUGAGUAGCGGUGAAGUGUGGUGACUCACUUGCCUGUUAACAGCGAAUAACACCUUACCCCACUCCCACCCUCAUCCUUGUAGAUUUCCCUGUUUCGCUAGUCCAGUGGCGGCUAAGACAACGUGCUUGGCACCACCAGCACAUCCUUUUCAUUUACCGUUGAAUGCAUGAUCUGUAUCGGGGCAAUACUAUUGCAUUGACGCAAACUUGGAGCCUUUCUCUUGUGCAAUAAUUUACAUGUUGUGUACUUUUUCUUUUUUCUUUCCCAUUUUGGAGAAUUUGACAGCAUGCAUGAUAUAUUUUGGCUAAUUUUAAAAAUAAAUUGUCCCUGGUUGGUUAGUUGUUUAGUAAAUGUGUUGCUGUUUUAACGUUCAUUAUUUUAAAAUGUUUUUUCUUUAUUUUUUUAUUUUAAGAUCUAAGAAAAAGAAAAGAAAAAACAACCAUGCUGCAUACAUUCUGUAAUACAUAUCAUGUACAGUUUUGUGUUGUAACAUGGAGGACUACAGGCUAUUGCUUAACCCUCUUUGGACGGGCUGGAUAUCGCACUUAAACUAAUCUUUCAAAAAGAUGUUCUGUCCACAUAGGGUUAAAAUAUUAAUUGGCCCCUAUUACGGAAUAAAAGUAAUGACAGCCUUUGAAUUUCUUGAAAAGGAAACAGCAUUAAGAUUUAAAUUUGUACUAUCAUUUGGUAAAACAAACAAAAAGAGUGCCUUGGAUAUCUUGAAAUUGCAUUGGUUAAUCUCAUCUGCUGUAAUUCUGGAGUCUCAGCUAGAUACUACGUAAGGAUCAAAUGGAUCCUCAAAAGGUUCUUGCAUCAAGCACCUGACCGCUACAGUCAACUGUGACUUUAGAGAGAAAUAGUAGUAAGCAAAAAGCUAAGGAAAUUUCUAGUUAAUCAUCAUUAGGUACCUAUGUAAAAUGUAUCCUUCCAUUGUGAUUUAUGUCCUGGGCAUGGCACAAGCAGUAUAUGGUGUGGGAUUCAGUCUCGUUUACUUCUUCUAUCUGAAGGUACUGUACUUGGCGGUACUAGUUUUCAAUCCACAAUCAUUUGACUUUUCUGUGUUUGUUCAAGUCUUAUCUUCAGUAGCACAACAUUUUGACGUUUCUUUGAUGACCAUUGUUAGUGUGAACGUCCAUUGUGAAGGAAUACUUGAGGGCAUUUGGACCGAACUAAUGUAAUGUACACUUGAGAAUUGGUUAUUAACAAAGCACUGAAAUAUUUGCAGCUGUCAGUGAUGAUUAACUAUGAAUUGCCUACAGGUCUGAGUCAAAAUCUUAUUUCUUUAUUAUUGCCUAUGUCUGAGCUCCCUAAAAGAAUAAAUGAACCUGAAAGACCGACCGAGCGAGAGAGAGAGAGACACAGAGAGAGGGAAAACCAUACACGUCACUUUUGUUCCUUUGUUUUAUAUGAGUUUCACACAAAGUGUGGUAUAAGUUGACAUUCAAGGAGACUCUUUUUCAUUGUUGCAUUAUGACAUCAAUGACUUUAGACAACGUUUUUGGUGUUUAGACGGCACCUGCCACUCUGCCCUUCUUUUUAUAUUAGACAUGCUAAUUGGAGGUAUAGUAGUUGAGUAUAAAUUACGCUUGCUUGCUUGUUGGACAACGAAGUGCACUGUUAAAGUUUCCCAGUUUACAGGUAUUCACGAGAGGGAAAACUUCCAAAAGAAUCAAACAUGGUGUCAUUAUUUAAUGUAAAAAAGCCAACUCCUCCUCUCACCUCACGAAGAUAAAGCCCAACUCCGAUAUAAUACUAUUGUGUCAAAGCACACAGUGCUUGACAAAGUACGGACAAUUGAAACUUGCUGCUUUCACUGCAAGAACUUUUUUUUGUACAAAUCUUUUUUUAAGUAUGAAAAUAAAAUGACUUUUUUAAAAAGUAACAUUUCAUUAUCUUAGGGGAAACUGUAUUUAAGUUUGUUGUUUCUCUUUUCCUCUUUGUCUUGGUGGUGUUCAAGACUUGAUCACAUUAUAUAUAAAAUGGGAAAAAAUAUGUGAUUUUUUUCUGCUUUUUCUUUUUUUCAUCUUGGCUCUUCACAGCUCUUCAGGUCAAACUUGCAUUGGGGAAAGGUUUAAGAUUAUAUAUAAAAUAUAUAAUAGAGAAACUUAAAUAUAGGAAAAUGCACAUCAUGUCAGUUCCUAUGCUAAAACACAUUUAUGGUCUACUUUCUUCUGUAUUUCUAGAAUGGUAUUUGAAUUAAAUGUUCACCUAGUGUAGGUACUACAGUAUUUAUAUUGAGGCUUGUAUUUUUAACUGUUGCUUGUUCUCUCAAAAGGUAUUAUUGUACCUUUUUUGGUAGUGGAAAAAAACAACAAGCUGCCACGGUAUAUUUUUUUAAUUUGGCAGGAUAAUAUAGUGCGAAUUAUUUGUAUGUUUAAAAAAAGGAAACGGAAAAAAAUCAAAUUAAAAAAUUAAAGUAUGUGGCAUUGAACAAAGGAGGCCAUUCAAUGGUUUCCCCUGAGGAGUCUUUUGAGAAUGUCCACACUAGCUAAAACAGGUGGUUGUACAUAUCUUUUUUCUGUUCUUCUUUUUUAAAAUCUCCUCUGCUGCCAUUCUGUAUGCAGUACAGCAAGCUAAUGUUGGGUUGUUCUGUAGUGUGCUUCUGUCUUUUCACCUGUCUCACCUGAAUACAUUCCAGCAUCUUGAAAAAAAAGCUAACUUCAUAUGCAGUAAAAUACCAGUAAAUAAACAAACAAACAAAAAAAUCAUUCAAAUAAAUGAAUUCAAAUAAUCAAUGUUUUGCAGGUGUUUUUUUUUUUUUUUUUUUUCAUUGCCAAAUAUUAAAUGGUGCUUUAUAUUUAGAUUGGGAUGACUUUCAUAUGCAAAGCAUAUUUAAAAAUGAAAUGGAACUAAAGGAGCAGCCCACUUAAGUUCAUACUCUUUUGUAAAUGGCAAUGCGGAAUAUUUUGUUAUCAGCCUUUUCUAUUCCUGUUAUGAGAGCUGUUUGUUGUAACUUGAACUUGAACUUUAUCUUUUUCAAUGGGAGUCACUAUUUAUUAUUGCUUAAAUACUCUGUUCAAAACGGAGACAUAGAAUGGAUCCUUUUUUGUUCAUUUGUUUUCAUUUUUAUUUUUUAUUUUUAAAAGAAAAGAAUGACCAAAGGUCAUUGACAGACUUGCUUUUUGUUGUUUUUGUUUCUGGUCUAUGUUAAGUUUUAUUGGAGAAACCACUGUCUGUGUUUUCUGGCAGUUGUCUACAUUAUCCUGUUCACCAACCAAUUUUGUCCCUUUAUUGAAAACAAUUAAUAAAAAAAUUAAAGUAUA